AUGGACAAUUCUGGUUCCGUGCGGAUGCAACCAGAAAGGUGCAGGCACGAGCCAACCAGACACCUGAGCAAGUGGCGGCAGAUCGAGCAGCAGCUGCAGUGUGAUGGGCAGAUGCACGAGCCAACCGGACACCUGAGCAAGUGGUGGUGGACCGAGCAGCAGCUACUGCUCGGUGGGUGCGGUGGUCGGAGGCGUGAGCCAACCGAACGCCUGAGCAAGUGGCCACACAUCGAGCAGCACAUGCAGCUCGGGUUGCGUAGCAGGGGUAGCCUUGUGGAGGCAGUUUUGGAUGCUGCCUUCUGGGUGUUCAGGCGGCCGACAAACCCCACCAAGCCUCGUAUGGGUGCCUGGUUAGACAGCAGUACAGCUUCAUGGCCAGAACAUGUGCAAGAUGUUCCUGCGGGUCAGCCUCUGCCCACUGUUCCUCUAGCGGAACAGAUCCGAGUCACGGAACAGCUUGAUGCCGCUGUCAAAAACAACAUGCCAUCCUGUGUCUGCGCCUGCUGCAGUGAGAUGAAGUCCGCGGUACAGGCACACGGCUACCAGUUUGGUAACAUCCCCAACGUGCACCAGUUGCGUGCAGAUGUUUGGAGGAUGCUGGCAGUGGCGCGUCCAGCUCAAGUCGUCACAUGGCUACCAGUGGCAGCCGCACCAGGGGGCAGAGCACCACCACUGCCUGAGCCAGCUUUGCCGUGGGGCUUCCAAAAAUACGUGGCUCAAUGGGCAUUCUACAGAGAAGAUGGGGCUCACCAAGCGUCCUGGUGCACGGACCAUUUGGGCAACACUGGAGCAUACGGCUUCCCGGAGGACUUUCCGCCACAUGAGGCGGGCCCAUCUAGUCUGCCACGGCGGUGUCGGUGUGAGACGGAUGGUGUUGAUGACGAGCAGGAGUCUAUUCUUUCCGAUGAAGAAGUGGAAGUGGAUGCGACAUGGCCACAAGACACGGACGGCCAGCAUGAGGAAUGGAUGCUCCCUUCAUGGCUGCCACAACCUGGCAUGGAGCCACGGCCGGAUCCCACUGCUCCAGGCGGACGCAUCCCGGAGGCUGCUCUCGCACGCUAUGAUGGUGGAGAUGUGCCGGAAAUCAAUCAGGAUGGGCAGCAUCUGGAGUGGCCUACCGUGCUGGAAGCCAACAUACUGGGGCUGGGCCAUGUGCAGCAGCAGAUCUACACGCUCAAGGUCAAGAACCGGCUGCCUGACUUGCAGCCCAUCACUGUCACAAUGCACGGGAUAGCCAUGGUGAACCCAUCCCUCGAUCAUUGGGUGGACACCAUCCCAUGCUCUGCUGUGUCGUUGCCGGAGAACAUCACCGUCCUCUGCAUGGAUGUCGUCAGCAGCAAGGAGGAGCUGCUAGAAAAGCUCAAGAGCGCCAAGGUGUUGUCCAUCCGAGCAGCUAAUAUUGUGGCCUGGGUCAACUACCUCAGCAACCUCACCUCCGAGAGGCAUAUUGAUGACCAAGCGAUGAAGGAGUGGCAGGCAAUGGACCCGGAGUGUCACAAGUGGACAACACACCGGAGGAUGCUGGUCUCGAGGAGCUCGAAGUUCUGGUGCCUGUUGUCCCUGACACACCUGUGCCGGGAUCACGUGAUGAUGCACGAAACCCGGUGGAGCUACACUAUCCUGGACUACUCCCGGGAAGAUGUGCUUGCCAGCAACUUCCCCACCGCAUUUCUGUACACCGAGGGCGGCCUCCAUCCUCUGGGUAUGAGCAACCGGACCUUCUUCCAGCAUGUGUCCACAUGUGUGCCACGGCGGCAGCUCAGCGGCAACCUCCUCAUGCUCGUCCGCAUGGUGGACGUGCUCAACAUGGAGGACGCAAAAGUGCAGACGUGGGUUACAGUGAAGAGCUGCCAGCAGGACAUUGACACGGUGGGGCCCAUCCCGCGAGAGGCUGUCAAAGCGAUGGCGGACAUUCUGGCAUUGCUGAAGAGUCACCCGGAUCACCACCACCUGCUCCAAGACAUGUCACCUCUCGUGCACACCCUCAUCACCUCUCUUCGUGCGGCUGCAGUCGUGGCCGCUGGGCAGUUUCUGGAAUUUGGAGAGGACGGCGCUCUGUUGUGGGAGGAGCGUGUCAUGUACAAGUGGUGGCGGGUGCGAAACAACCCCUACACCAGCCAAGCACUCCUCAACACGGUUAAGCUCGCCUUCAUGGACAUCCUUUUUGGUUUCAAACCUGGUGACAAGCGGCAGAGCAACCCCGACUGCUUCUGUGGCACCAUGUUCCACAUCUGCAUCUGUUACAUGGCGGCCUGCGCUGGCCUGGGAGUCGAAGCUACGGUCCCCUUCGCGGCGCGCCGCGGUAUUGUUACAUUAUGCCAUAGGUUCAUCCUUAGGGCAAAGGCUCUACUCGGUUUGGUUGGAGCUGCUUGUCGGGCAUCCACGAUCCACAAGUUCUGGCGAGAGUUGAAGGUCCAAGUGUAUGUCCUGGGUAUUAGGUGCAUUGUUGCAUGCCAAUAA